AUGCGUUUAUUGGAUCCAUUAUUUCUUUUGAGGUCACAGAACCCUUCAGUUGCUCGACGCUUAUUUUUAGAGCUUAUAUUAAAAGGUCCUGGAAUAAUGUCCACGGAAUCAGCCACGAAGUUAUUGCUAAAAUCAACUACUGCUAAACUAGAUGAAGUAAAAUCAAAGCUGAAUUUAUUGGAGGGGGACAGAAAGGCCUACUACGAAAGUGCUUUACAGGCAUUAACAGACGGUAAAAGAAAAAUUAUUGAAUUGAGAUUAGAAAAUGCCUCAUUACGAAAUACUUUACGAGAAAAGAUGGCGGUUAAGUUCAACAUAAUUUUUAUUUACAUUACUGAUGAGCAUAUCAUCAACGAGGUUUUUCAAUCUAAACCAGAGGAAAGGGCUUUGUUCAGCAAUAAGACCAGUAAUGAAGCUCUUACAACCAUGGACUAUCACACAUGUGACGCAAUGAAAAAACUCAAUGCUUUAAAGCACCAGACAAAUAAGAAAAUUGAGAAUCUCAAUGAACUAAAGCGAAAAUAUUGCGAAACUUAUGAUGCUAAAGUGAAGUUGGAUAAUUACAUGGAUGCAGGUGAACUGGGAAGUGAACUGAGAGCUCUAGAUAACAGACUUGAUAAAGCUAAGUUAAAAUGCGAGGAAGCUGAUCAUAUUUACCGAGCAUAUAAAGAAAUUAAAAACAAAUUAGCGGAAGAACAGCUCACUUUCCCCGCUUGUUUAGAAAACCUGGAGAAUCAAAUUAAGGAAUCUAAAAAGGAACUAGACAAGAUUCUAAAAAUGCAUAAUGACGCCUUGUUGGCACAAGAGUCAGCAAAGCAGGAAUUGAGAUACAGGGAAGAACUUAACAAAAGCGAACGAAAACGUCGAGAAAAUGAAUUAUCCGGUUUGAAACAGGUGGCUGAAACUUUGCGUAAGGAAGUUGAUUUCAGCGAAAAGAAACGGAUGACAGCACUUUCUACAGAAGAAAAACAUAGUUUUGUUGAAGUAGCUGAAGUUGGUCCCAAGGAGGAACAAUUGCAGAAACUUAAACAUUACGAAGAGAUGUAUCGACAAAUUCGUGAUGUUACGGGGGUUAAACAUGUCACCAAAAUGGUUAGUCGUUUCGAAUCUCAAAUUGAAACGAUGAAAAAUUUAAUCAAUCUCAAAGACGAAGGAGAAAGCAUCGUAGCUGGGUUGGAAGCGGAGUUAAAGGAUUUAAAAUCUGAAUUAGAUGAAUUAAAAUACACUGGUGAAGCUGACAUAGAAAAUAAACGGAAGUUAGUGGAAGAAUACAAAGCCAAUUUGAACGAGGUGACUGCCAAAAGAGAUGCCUUACAGCAACAAUUGAAUGAUUUGAUUAGUCUAUUAGUCCGUUGCAAGGCUGGAAUGGUGCACAUAUGCGAUAAGUUGGAGGACAUAGCAGUGAGUGUUUCUGAGCCUCGGAAUUCAGAUAGUGCUGUCGAACAGUCAACUAUGCAAACGGAAGCUUCGCUAUCGAGCAAGGAGAAAUCAAGCCAGGAUUCUGAUAAAUCAGACCAAUUUAUCAGUCUUAUAAAUCUUUGCUCACAGAAAGUUAAAGCAUUAAUAGAGUCAUUAAAGGAUUAUGACUAUGAAGAAGAGAUUUCCAAAUUCUACCAGUCGACCAAGACCAAAAUCCCAGAAUUCAAUUUGAGAGUCAAUACCUCAGAUGUUGAAACGAAUGCAACUGAAGGUAAGUCACUUUAUAUUCAUCUGAAGUUAAUGGAUGCAUAA